GGGUAAAGAACAUCCAUCUACUCACCAAGAAUAAACAAGAAAGGAAACAUAUAAAGCCACGACAAUAAGAUUUUCUGCUUCUUAAAAAGACGAAAAUAGAACAGCGUUGAAUAGGUACCGAUCCCUGCAUCCACCUGCCACAGACCUGCCAGCUGAGUUGCCACUGCCAACACUGCCAGCUACACCAGUGCCAGGUCCAACAUGGCUGUGAGAGGGUCCAGAGUUCUUGGUCUGCUGAGGCACAACCAGUCCUCCAUUCAAAAUGUGUCGUCAAGAGCCAGUUCCUGGUGGACUGGGGUGGAGAUGGGGCCACCAGAUGCAAUCCUUGGUGUGACAGAAGCCUUUAAACGGGACACAAACCCCAAGAAGAUGAACCUGGGUGUAGGUGCUUACCGUGACGAUAAUGGCAAGCCUUUUGUACUACCCUCUGUUAGAAAGGCUGAAGAGCUACUUAUUAGCCAGAAGUUGGACAAGGAAUAUUUGCCUAUCUCUGGUAAUGCAGAAUUCUGCAAAAAGUCUAUAGGCCUUGCUAUUGGUGAUGACAACUCAGCCCUGGCUGACGGACUGAAUGUGACUGUUCAGGGAAUUUCUGGUACUGGUGCACUGCGAAUUGGUUCCACUUUUCUGUCUAAGUUUUUCCCUGGCCCAAAGACUGUGUGGCUGCCGGCACCAACCUGGGGUAAUCAUGUACCCAUCUUCAAACAUGUUAACAUGGACGUCCAACAGUACCGGUAUUAUGACCCCAAGACCUGUGGCUUCAACUUUUCUGGCGCUUUGGAAGAUAUUUCGAAAAUCCCUGAAGGUGGCUUGAUCAUGCUUCAUGCCUGUGCUCAUAACCCAACUGGUGUUGAUCCCAAACAAGAACAGUGGGAUGAGAUGAGCAAAGUCAUAAAGGACAGGAAACUUCUACCAUUCUUUGACAUGGCUUACCAGGGUUUUGCUUCUGGUGAUGUAGCCAAGGAUGCAUAUGCUGUCCGGAAAUUCUUGGCAGAUGGGCAUAAAAUCUGCCUCUCUCAGUCCUUCUCGAAGAACAUGGGGUUGUAUGGUGAGAGAGCUGGUGCUUUCACAAUUAUCUGCAAUGACAAGGAUGAGGCAGCUCGUGUCUUGUCUCAGGUGAAGAUUUUGAUCCGGCCUCUGUACUCCAACCCUCCACUCCAUGGGUCUCGCAUUGUGGCAACUAUUCUUAAUAAUCCCGAUUUACAUGCACUGUGGUUGGAGGAUGUUAAAGGCAUGGCUGAUCGCAUCAUCUCAAUGCGUAGUAAACUGAGGUCAAAUCUUGCCAAAGAGGGCUCAGUGAGAGACUGGACUCACAUCACAGAACAGAUUGGCAUGUUUUGUUUUACUGGAAUGACACCUGAUCAGGUUGCGAAGCUGACGAAGGAGUUCUCUGUGUAUUUGACCAAAGAUGGCCGCAUAUCUGUUGCAGGUAUUGCUUCCAGUAAUGUGGAAUAUCUUGCUCAUGCAAUGCACCAAGUGACCAAGUAAUGUGCUAGUUCUAAGUUCACUUGUUUUAGAGUAUUAUAAAGAGAAAAAUUAAGACAUUUACUACAGAAUGAGUUUCUUCAGUAUUUGCAAAAUGGCAGUAAAAAUACAUGGCAGAUUACAGCCAUAUUAAUAAGAAGCAGGAUCACUAAAUGGUAGUUAACAAUUGCAUUAUCAUUGGUCAAUGAGAAGUAAUGUUUGCCCAAUGUUCCAUAAAAUCUGUUACAAUGGAGUCUUGUCCCAGUUCAUAAAAGACCAGUCUUUGCCUCCUUCACUCCUCUUGGUUACUGUUGCACAUGCUUGUUUGAUAAUUUUUCACAGCCUCUACACUUCCUAAUUAUAACUAUGAUAUUAUACCGUUGAAUGUCAAUAAACAGCUUCAUGAACUUGAUUGAAUUCUUGAGAUUUUGCUUAUGGAAAAAGAUGAGCAUGAAGUUCCUGUUAUGUGGAUGUUUUUUGUUAAUGCUGUUACUAGAAUUUUUUUUUAAGUCAACCCAGGAAUUGUAUUGAGAACUCAACAAGAGUAUUUUUUAAAAUCACAAACAUGUUAAGCAUAAUGACACCACUGGUUUAUAUAUGCACACACCUAGCAAAAAACUAAUAUAAUGUAUUUGUAUGAAAUACUGUAUAGGCGAGCUAAAUAGAAUCAUUUUGGAUCAGAAAAAUGUAACCUAGAAUAUUGUUUUUGAACUUGUAUAUAGUUGUUGAUAUACUGUACUCUAGUACAACCUAAUAGCAAUCAACCCUACAGUCACACAUAUGGGACCUAAUGUGAAAUUUUUUAAUUUAUUCCAAAAUAGAAUGAAUUUAACAUUGAAUUCAGUAUAUUUAUUUCUGUAUAUAUCAGAUGUAAUUCUUUAAUUACAGAAGAUACUCCCUGUAAUUAAAAGUACAUAAUAAAGUCCCACUUAAA